AUGCUCGUAGAUCCAGAUACUCAAGACGAUGAUAUAAAAGCCUUCGAAGCGCGGCUACAAAAGUCAAUCGACAAUCUCAGACCAUACGCUGCAAGAUGGAGAUUAUUUCUAAUGCUGGUAUCGAUUCUUACCGUACUAUGCGCAUAUUUAUGGCUCACUGAUCCUGAUACCGUAAAUACCUCGUUAUACACUUCCCUCCGAGCGCAUCCAGUGUUCUUCUUCAGCUCGCUGACCCUUAUCGUGUUAUUUACCAUCGGAGUCCACAAAAGAGUUGUGGCGCCUUCGAUUCUAGUCCAACGCCUAAGAAUAUGCCUGGCGGACUUUGGAUUCUCAAUAACAGAAAACGGGACUUUAAUAAACAAGGGAAACUAA